AUGAGCGGGGAUCAACCAACAACCAGUCCUGUCUUUGAGACGCCCAAGGCUGGUGCUGUGGCCGACCUCGCCAACGACAACAAUUCCUCACACACAGCAACGACGACACCCGGCCCGGACUGGACGCCUCGUUUUGCAGAGGACUUUUCUGUUUUUAACAAUACCCCGGGCAACCUGAGGGGCUCGCAGGGUCCUUUCUCUGAUUUUGUGGCCCCGUUUGCGUCCCCCACGGUCGAGCAAGCCCAGCUGCAUACAUCGUCGUUGUUGGCCGCCUCAAAACACCACAAACGCCCGCUCUCGAUCGGCAGUAUUGCUACAGAAGUACACACCACGUCCCAUGUUCAUCGUUUGUCCAUAGCGUCCUCUACGACCUCGAAUCUCUCGAACCCCUCCCUCCCUCUGCCGCCCGUUGAUCCUUCCAAACAACUGUCCUCCUCGCCUGGCCCGCUCGUUCUUGCAGCCUUUGGCUCGAUCGCUGAGGACGAUCGUGAGAUCGCCGCCGGCCGCGAAUUUAGCCCCGACUACUACGGCGACGACCAACCACGUCCCGCUGCUGCCAACAGUGCCAAGAUCGAAGGUCCGGUCCCAAUCGCUACAAGAUCCCAGAAGAAAGCACGCGGCGAUACAACUGCUUCCACCUCCACCUCCAAGGGCCAAACUGCGACACCGCCCCCCUCCGCGAGAAAGGGCGGACGCAGGAUCGCCCCCAAGCUCAAAUCACCGGCAGCCUCCGCCACGACCACCAUGCAAAAUGACCAGGGCUACGGCCCGCAGCACCAGGCACCGCCUAACGACUUCUUGAACACACCACAGCAGCAACAAAUGGCCACCUUCAUGGCGAGCCCGACCGACCUUUUCGGGUACCCUAUGUCGGCACCUGCCGCUUCCACAGCGUUUGCGGACGCUCAGUCCUUCUGGGCCGGCGGCGAUCCGACUAUGUCCAAUAUGGAUGUCGACUUUGCGGCCAGCGCCCACGCCUUCGGCUCGCCAGCAUCGAUCCAACGGCAGCUUGAGUCUAUGGACUGGGCACAAGCCAACCAAGCCAACCAAACCAACCAAGCAUACAUGGUGGCAGGUGCCGAAGCCAUGGCAAAACAGCACCAGCAUCAGCACCAGCACCAGCAGCACCAGCAGCACCAGCACCAGCAACACAUGCAUCAUACCUCCAUGGGCUCUGAGAGUGACCCCAAGGGGAUGUUGCAACCCACCCCGCUCGACACAACCUCUGUGGACCACCAAGGUCUGUAUGCCGGCAGCUAUCCAACACCAGUUGAUGACCCUUUUGGCAUCGUUAGCCCGAACGGUGGUGUCAAUCCCGGUCUAUUGUUCACCCGACCACCCUCAUCCAGCUUGGAUCUCAUGGCCUCCGCACCACCUGGUGCCGGAGCCACGAUGGCCCUCGCCGACGCCACCAAUUUUGACCCAACACAACACCAGCAGCAGCCGUUCCCCAGGGCGUCAGCCCCUGGCGUCUUGCCAGUAUCACAGAGCAGUCCACCUCAGGCCAUGUUGAACACAGGCCCCGCCUCCGUGCAGCGGCAGGAGUUGCGCCGGAGCUCGAGUGCCAAGGAGAUCGCACCCAGAAGGAAAGCUGGCGACCGGCCGUCUGCCAGUUCGCCCGUCAAGUCGGCCGGCAACGGUCGCCCUGGCCUGUCACGAAGCCACAGCGAAAACCGCGGUCCCCGCCUACGGGGUCGUGCUUCGCUGCCAGUGCUGGCACCUGCGCUCAAGACGUCGGCCACCACAUCCGCACUCCCACAGGGCAGUGUUGGCGCGCCCUUUUCCAGUCCUGGCACCGGCCUGGGUAUCACACGGUCUGCCUCGUUCGGUGGCAAUGGUGGUGGCCGACCUACCGGCCGCAGCUCGCCGAUUCGUAUGCAUCACCAACAGCGGCAGCAGCAGCAGCAGCAGCAGCAGCAGCAGCAGCACAACCUCCAACAGCAACAGCUCGAUGACACGCAUCUCCCUCGCCUAUCCAGCCUGACAUCCAUCCCCGAAGUCAACACGCCGCAGUCCCGGGCGUCAGUGAAGUUCACCAUUGACGCCAACGGCCGUGCACGCGUCGAAACAUCAGCCGCUGACCGGGACGGACCCACGCCGACUGCCACCCUGCGCCGCAACCAGAGCGCGCGGUCUCUGCAGGGCAAGUCCCGCUGGGACUCCUCCUCGGACGAUGACGACUCGUCUUCGACGGACGACGAGCCCAUCAUCAUCCCGAGCCGCACCACAUCCUUUGCGCUGCCGGACCCCGUCAAGCCCACCAUUGGCCGCGGCCCGCUGCACUCGUCCCAGCGCAGUGUCAGCGACCGCAGCACCACGAGCUCGUCCGCGACGAUGCCCGGCGAUGCGGCCUACAACGACCCGGAGAGCGAGGCCGAGACCGUCAUGAACGACCUGCCCAAGGGCGCCGGUGAUGCCGCAAGUGAACUCGAAAAGCUGCGCCAGAUGCGCCAGAAACGGGCCAGUUUUGCCGGGCCGAGCAGCAGCAACAGCCACAGUGGUGGCGGUGGUGGUCUCGCCGGCAGCGGCUCGGCCAACAACCUUUUUGGCAGCGUCCAGCGCGGGCUCAAGUUUGGUGGUCCGAUUGGCGGCAAUGCUGGCUUUUCGAGUGGUAGACACCAUAGCAUCCAUAGCAUGCAGGCCGUCUCGCCCACGACCCUUACCGACGCCAGCCUCCCCACCCCUUCGAGCGCCCGCUCCCAGGCGCACGACAGCCACGGUAUCCGCUGCAUCUGCGGUCGUCAAGAUGCACCCCCCAACAGCGACGGGUUCAUCGUGCAAUGCGAAUCCUGCGACCUGUGGCUCCAUGGCCGGUGCAUCAACAUCACCAAGCGGACACUGCCGCCGGUGUACAUUUGCGCGUUCUGUGCAAACACGCCCAAUGUCCGUAAUAUCCGCAUCCCGCCGACCGCAGGGUCGUCGCCGUUGGCGCACAAGUCGUUCAAGACGUUCCGGUAA